GAGUUCAUACAUUUCAAAGGAUAUCGACCCACAAUUGACUCCUUUUCUCGUCUUCUCGAGUCGUUCUCAAUCUGCUCACCCAUUUCCAUGACCUUGCUGAUCAUCGAGGAAAUUUUCACUUCACAACGUCUGCUUGUGGUGAUUUUGCAGUGAUACGGCCGAAAUCGUUCGAAGAAAUAGCGGUGUGGCAGCCAAUUGAUAAUCGGAAUAUUCAGUUCCGACCAAACUGAAUGUUGUUGUAAAAAUUGCCUCAAAGUGUAGAUCCGGUGUUAUGUGAUACUUUUGCUUCAUUACCUCCACCACUUUGGGCAUAUCCAGCGGGGUUUCCGUUUUCUCCAGUGCUUUAAGCUCAGUUGUUUUUGGGUGCUUUGCUUGGAAAUUAAUGAAUUUCGGCUAGGGUUCAUUUGGGUGGACUAGAAAAGAAUGCCGAUGAUGCGAUACCAGAUAAGGAACGAGUAUAGUUUAGCCGAUCCGGAACUGUAUCGAGCUGCCGAUAAGGAUGAUCCAGAGGCUUUGCUUGAAGGCGUGGCCAUGGCUGGCUUAGUUGGAGUACUUCGCCAGCUUGGAGACCUCGCCGAGUUUGCUGGGGAGAUAUUUCAUAAUUUACAUGAGGAGGUGAUGUCAACUGCUGCAAGAGGGCAUAGCUUAAUGGUUCGGGUUCAACAGCUUGAGACGGAUGUUCCUUCCAUAGAGAGGGCAUUUUUAUCCCAGAGAGAUCAUUCCUCUUUUUUCUACAAUGACGGUAUUGAUUGGCGUUCUAAUCUACGGGUGGAUGAGAAUCUUGUCACACAGGGAGAUUUACCUCGAUUUGUAAUGGAUUCCUAUGAAGAAUGCAGGGCUCCCCCUCGGUUAUUCCUUCUAGACAAGUUUGAUGUUGCAGGCGCUGGAGCAUGUCUAAAACGCUAUACAGAUCCUUCAUUUUUCAAGGUAGACAUAUCUAGAAUGUCUAGCUCUGAUGUCCAGAGGGAAAAGAAGAUUCUUAGACGAAAGAAGAAAGGGUCACGCUGGAGAAACGGCGAAACCCCUGAAACUAUACCAGCAUCUAGUACCAAACUCCAUGAGCUUUUGUCAGUGGAGCGUGCUGAAUCUGGUGUUAGCAACACUUCACGUCGUGUGAAAUUAAAGAGGAAGCUGAAUGGAUUUCCUUUUGACUCAAAAACUGGCAAAAGCUACAUGGAAAAGUUACUCAAGACUUCUUCCCCAGAUCAUGAUUUACUCCAUGAAGUCAAUGAAAAUGCAUUGCCAUCUCUAAUGCUGGCUAGGAAUAUUCAGGAUGGAUCUGGGCUUGACGCCCUUGAGGUCAGAACAUUAAAUACUGACAGAGAUGCUGAUGGAAGAAAAAUAAGCCUCCCAUCUCCAGAUAGAGAGGAAAUUGGGAUGACUCUUUCCAUCUAUGAUCGCAGUGAGGUUUCUGCUGAUGAUGGAAUUUCAAGUAAUGGCAUCUCCUCAUCCAUUCUUGAUAAGGUGCCUAGUGAAAAAGUUAUAGCUGUAGAUGCAGAAAGCCGUAGGGAACACAAGGUUACUGGAUAUGAAUCUGAUGGCCUUUCCAGCGAUGCAGAAAAUUUUGUGGAUGCUCCUUUAACUAUUGAGUCUGAUAUGGAUACUGAACCAAAGCUGAGAAUAAACAGUGAUUUUGUCUCUCCGCCUAUAAGAGGUCAUCAGCAGCUUUCUGAUGCAAAUAAAGCAGUUAUUACUUAUAGGUCAUCAGAUUCUCGAUCUACUGGAGAUUCAAUGAUGUCUGAUGAGAGAAAAGAAAUCUCUAGUUUCUCUUGUUCUGAUUCUCCGAGUACAUCUGCUGAAGAUUCACACCUGGAAAAAUCUUCCAAAGGAUUCCCAUCUGCUGAUAAUCCUGAGAUUGAGAUAGGCAGUGCAUCUUCUUUACACAAAGGUGCCAGUGAAGUUCCAAUGGAUCAUUAUUUACAGCCAGUGGUUUCCAAUAGUACACACACAAGAACAAAUUCAACCAACAGCCGAGCAUCUGACUCAGAGCAGGCAUCUUCUAGGUUGUGCAGGAACGAAUCGAUAUCAUCUUCAUCUUAUUCUGAUCCUGGAGUUGUGACAAAACAUAUGUUACGGCAACCUGGGACAGCCCUUUCCUUGGAUGAUAAUGAUAAGGAGCCAAAUAUGGUCAUAGAUGUACCGUGCCAUCCCUAUGUUUCCGAUUCUGAAGUAAAUCAUGAGGAUGAAUCAGAUAACAAGGAUGCGAAUUUGGUAGAUAAGAGGGCUUCCAGGCCAAAUAAGUUCAAAGAUCGUUCUCGGCGCACUGUUGGCAGCCGGCAAUUUGGGUCUUCUAAAAACCUAAUUACAAGUACAUCAAAUGAUGAGUUUUCAAGAUUGCAUGAGGAUUUUUCGUCUGUUUAUCCAGAUACAGCACAUGAUAUUAAUAACACGAUGCCAGUGGUUUCCCUAAAAGAAAAUGUAACCUACAAGCAAGGUAUGGAGGAUUCAAAUGUUCCUGUUGAUGCUUAUGAUUAUUUAUCUGGUAAUGUGGUGGCAUCUCCUGAGAAGACAUCUGAUGAAACAUCAUCACUCCAUGCUCAAAUGUCAGAUGCUGAAGAAAAUGUCUCUGCUACGUCCACCAAGAAUCAGACUAGCUCCGAAUCUUUGAUAUUGCCGCACUUGGAGAUAACCCCUGAUUGCUUGCAGCUGCGCCAUGAUGAUUCCACUGGGGAAGAUAUUAUUCCUGAGCAUCAGAAAACAGUGCCUGAAAAUCUUGUAAUCCCCAACCACAAAGAAACUCGGGUAAAUUCAUAUCAUAUGCUUGAAAAUUUUGAAGAACCUGCAGGAGAAUCAGACCCCUUAGUAGUGGACGACAUCAUAUUGCUCACAAGUUCAGUGGGCAAGGAAGUUGCCGAACUAUGUGACUCUGUGGACAAGAAAUCGCUAAAUGCAGAUCUUGUAGAGUUUGGUGGGUCUCAUUCAGAGGGAGAGAAAUCAAAUAUUAUAGAUUGGGCUUCUACCGAGCAAGUUUCAAAAAAUCCUGUAGCAGGUGAUCCCCCUUUAAGUGACGGUCUUCAAGAAUUGGUAGAAGAGCAUAUUCAUUGUCUCGAGAACUCAGGUCUGAAUGAACUUGACAAGAAAAAUAACAGUCUUACAGGAUUACAUGGGAAAGAUGAAGGUCACAAAGGAUCCAAUGUUUCUGCCUUACCAUCUUCAUUAGGUCCAAAUUCAGAUUCAAAGCCUCAUAUACCAAGCAUUAGUGGCAUUACUGUAUCUGAAUACCCUGAUGAUUCUUGUGAUUCCAACUUAACUCCAGAUAGCACAUUAUGUGAAGCAAUUCAGGUUAAUCUGGCUGACUCACCUCCCUUGCCACCUCUUCCUCCAAUGCAGUGGAGGACCGGAAAACUUGAACACACGAUGUCUUCUACAGAGGUUGAGCUGAAGAAAGUUGAGUUAUUGCCAGAAUUUACCUCUCUGUUGAUUGCAUCCACUGAUGAUGUUAGUACUAAAUCACGGUUGACAUGUGGUGAUGUUGGCUCUUCACAUGAAGCAAGUCAACUCUCUUCAGUUGAAACUGUAACCAAGGCUGCACCAGAAAAUGAGGGGGGUGAGAAUAGCUGUUCUAAUUUAGAAUCAGAAGAUGAUUGUGAGACAAGUGACCUCCCGUUAAAUAUAGAAAGCAAGCCGCUGCUUGUUAUGCCUAAUCGUGAGAGUGAGCCGUCGCCACUGGUGGAUGAAGAUGGAGUUUUACCUCACAGUUCCACAGAGGAAGUGCCUCAUCCUCACCAUCCCCUUGUUGAAGAUGUUACUGCUCUUGAUAAGAGUGAACAGCAGGAAGUUACCGAUCAAGAUAGGCCUCAGUUGCAGGCUAUUGAUGAACGAGAUCUGCUCUUGGAGCCAAUGAGGCGCAAUGAUGUGCAUGAGGAAAUUGACCUUUCACCAAAGAUCGAAGGCAAGCAGGAGCAGUUUGUUAUGCCAACUGUAGAGAGUGAAUCUAUUUCUCAGUCUGAAGAUGGGGUUGCAUAUGGAAGACAUGCAGAGAAGCUGACCCAACCUGGUGCUGCUCCUGUUGAAGAUACUACCCUUGAUGAGAAACCGACCCAACCUGGUACUGCCCUUGUUGAAGAUGUUAAACUUGAUGAGAGCCUUAUGGAGGAACUGACCCAAUCCGAUACUACCGUUGUUGAAGAUGCUGCUCGUGAUGAGAAUCAUAUGGAGAAACUAGCCCAACCUGGUGCUGCUCUUAUUGAAGAUGCUACUCUUGAUGAGACUGUUAUGGAGAAACUGUCCCCACCUGGUGCUGCUCUUAUUGAAGAUGCUACUCUUGAUGAGACUGUUAUGGAGAAACUGUCCCCACCUGGUGCUGCUCUUAUUGAAGAUGCUACUCUUGAUGAGACUGUUAUGGAGAAACUGUCCCCACCUGGUGCUGCCCUUGUUGAUGAUGUUACUCAUGAUGAGAGUUGUAUGGCGAACCUGGCCCAACCUGGUGCUGCCAUUGUUGAAGACGCUUCUUGUGAUAAGAUUCAUAUGGAGGAAGUGGCCCAACCUAGUGCUGCCCUUGUUGAAGAUGCUACUCGUCAUGAGAAUCAUACGGAAAAACUUGCCCUACCCGCUACCCAUGUUGAAGAUGCUACUCAGGAUGAGUCUCAUACAGAGAAACUGGCACAACCUGGUGUUGCUCUUGUUGAAGAUGCUACUUUUGAUGAGGUUCAUAUUAAAGAACUGGCCCAGCCUGGUGCCACUCUUGUUGAAGAUUCUACUCUUGAUGACAGCCAACCAAAGAAUGUUCCGAAUGAGGGUGCUUCUCAAGUAGAGGAAGAGCAAACAAGGAGUGGAGAUAAGAAGAUAACACUUGAUCAUCCGCCAUUGACAAACAGCACACAGCUGCAGCUUGUUAUGCUGACUCCAGAGAAUGAAUAUAUGCCACCAGCAGAAGAUGUAGCUAUUGAGAGUCAUGCAGAGAAACUACCCCAUACUUCUAAUCCUUCCAUCAAAGAUGCUGCUGCUAUUGAUAAGAUUCACGAAGUUGCGGCAAAAGAGACUCAACUACUUAACAGAGAUGAAAACCCAAUCUCGGAGCAAAUUAGGACCAAUGGUACGCCCGAAAGCACUGAUCUUACACCAAAGAUGGAAGAAAAGCAGCAUGGUGUUAUGCCGACUCCAGCAAGUGAAUCCAUGCCUGAAUCCGAGGAAAAUGAAGCAGCAAAUGUCAGCCGUAGAGUGAAACAGCUCCUUCCCCACAAUCCACUUGUUGAAGACAAAUCUGUUCUCGAUAAGAGUAAACUAAGGAAAGUUGGAGAUCGAGUCAUCCCUGAGGUACCCAAGCUAGAUGACCAAAAUUCAUUCCUCGAGCAAAUUAGGACCAAGUCAUUCAACCUGAAACGAACAACGACAUCAUCAAGACCUAGCAUUCUAAAUCGUGCUCCUGCAGCCAAUCUUAAUGUUGCUGCGAUUUUGGAGAAAGCAAACGCUAUGCGCCAGGCAAUUGCUGGCAGCGACGAAGAUGAUGAUGAUAGUUGGAGUGAUUCAUAGGAAAUAUUAGAUGGUUAUAUAUUGCUCUACAGUUCUGCCACAGGCGCUAGCCGGGAGUCUGCAACAAAAUGUAAGCAUGUAUAAUCUUCGAUUCCGGGACGAGUAAAGCUGGUGGAGCUAUAUAUAUAUAUCAAUAUACUUUUAACGUUGUGUGUAAAUGUUUUGAUGGUAUAUAUAUACAUGAAUCUCUAUAUAUAUUGCAGCUGAUUCUACAAAUUAUACAUGUACAAACAUACUCUGUUGGCUUUGUUAUUGGAGUAUACUUUGCAUUUUCCAUGUAUCUUCGUAUGAUGUAUUUUUAGACAGUGGGAAGACACAAUUCAUUGAAAGUGAACAUUUCCAUAUGUUAUCAA